AUGUCACGCGUCGUAAUACCUGCAAUUAGCAAGUACGUGGCGGCCUCAGUGGAGGUUCACUUUGAGAACAAGGAUGGCGGAUUCUUCCUGAAGCACAUACCGCGAUAUUAUCCGUCUCGCGGCACGUCGGACUCCGUUCCGGCGUUGUCGACGGUUCCCGAUCCGCUGGACGCGCUGCCGGGACCGGAAACGCGACGCAAUCUCACGGCCGCGACGAUUCUGGACGCGCAGGAGCUUGGCGCCCGUCAUCUGGACAUGUCGGCCCAUCUGGUCGGCAACAGUAUACCGCGCGACUCGCCGGUGCUCAGGGUGCUCUUCCACGCCGGCAGCGAGGCCAGUGGUAGACGGCAGUUGCUGAUGGCGCGGCAUCAGCGGGUCUGCGUGGUGUUGCACGCCAGCCUGGCGAGUCGCGGCUAUUCCUCUUCGACUUCCUCUUCCUCGUCGUUUUCCUCCACAUCUUCCACACUCACGGCAGCCUGCAGCCCCGACGGCGAGAACGGCGUGUGCCUCGCUCAGAUAACCAUACCGGCCGAUUGGUGGGCGCCGCUGCCGCCGCCCGACGCCUCCGGUCGUGUCAAGGUCGUUAAGAGUCUGCCCCGGCUGGUCCAGGUCGCUUAUUCGGUGCUGGAACCGCGCACGGAAGAAAGUGGAGGACUCGGCGGCGGCGGCGGCGGCGGUAGUUCGACUGACAGCAACGGAUCGGGCUACUGCAGACCCAGGGUGCAAAUUCAGCCCGUGACUCCUCUGGGUCAGAUACCCCUGGCGCCCAACAGGGCGGAUUACAAAGAACUCAGGGCGGACGAUUGGUUGACGCUGCUCGUGCCGCACGGACCGCUCUAUCCCAGAUCCAGGCUGCACGUUCCGGCGUUUCUGCAUCCCGUCAAAGUAACGGACUCGCAACAGGAACGAAUGAUCAUCGCGGUUUAUCUGAGGGCGAGAGUGAAGACCGGUGUGAAGAUUCUGAGCGCUUCGUCCAGCAGUCCGGACUGGAUCGUCCAGAGCGACGUAAAAGCUAAAAACACGAUGGCCACGUUUGUGGCGCGACGCAAAGAGACGGCGUCGCGCGAACCGAGAACAUCCGCGGAGGAAAUAAUGACGAUGCUGCUGGAAGCGUACGAGGAGGGCGUAGGCGGGAGCUGGGACGGAGGCAGGAUUGUGUGGAGCGUGCGUUACGCGUUCGAGGGCGAGGAGGAGAACGACUCGCAACUAACUGGCGCCGAUCAGCGGAUGCAGCAACGCCAAAUGCAGCAUCAUCAUCAUCAUCACGUCGAGAAGCGGAAGCUGCAGGCGCGGCUCGAGAUACAGAAGGAUGAUAUACAGGCCGUGCUUCCGAUCUCGAAGAACUGGGAAGUGAUGAAUACGGCGGUGUUGACGGGCCGUCAGGUGUCGCAGGGAAUGAAGGUUUUCAUCGUGAGCCAAGCCGGCACGGUGGCCGACGUCACGCUGCAGUCGUCCUGUCAUUCCGACGACGAGAGCGUACUCAAGGUAUCCUCCUCGUGCAGCAGCGUGUACGUGGACGGAUCGGAGAUUAGAGGUUCCAGCAACGCGUCCGUUCUCGUCAAAUACGGCACGUACACCGGCUUGGCAAGAUUCACCGUGUGGAUGCCGGAAUUUCCCCUGGAGGUAAACGUCGACGACACGCGACUUAGCCAGAUAAAGGGCUGGAAGGUACCGGACGAGCACAUGACGGGCGCCAAGAGCAAACGCAGUCUGUUGAACGCGACGAAAACGAACGAAGAUCAAACGGAGAUCACCUCGCCGUCGGGAUCAUCGCCGCCGGUGACCGCGCGAGCGAAGAAAAGGAGCGCCGUCGAUCUCGAGGAAUCGAUAGAGGAUACGUCCAUGAACGUGGACGAUCCGGACGCGAUCUUCGACGAGGACGAUCACGACGAGCGAUUUCGGUCUGGGAACGAGCACGGAUGGGACACGAUCAACUCCAUCGAUCGGAACGCGUCGCCGGCCAAUUGCAAGCUGCGUUUCCAGCAGAGCCCGGUCGAGGUGUACGCGCGAUUCAUGGCGAACGAUCACGACUCGGGCAGGGUCUCGUACUUCGUCAAUCGACGCACUUGGCUUCGCGUCACCGAUCUCGUGGUGGGCGGGCUGCGCGUUUCCGAUCCCAGAAUAGCGACGCUUCUUCAGGGUAGAUUGGUGCAGGGACGCGGAGUGGGUCGCACAGAGAUGCAAGUCGUCUCACCGAUCACCGGUAGAGUGAUCGGUGCGAAGGAGAUUCGGGUCUGCAAUGAUCGCGUGUCCGUGAUGCGUCUGUCCGUCCGAGUGGUGUCCGGUCUUCAGCUGAGUAUCAGUCCCGACACCGCGAUCGAGAACGGAUAUAUCGCCGAGACGUCCAUCACGAGGAGACUGACCGCUCAGUAUCAGGAAGGUCUGCUGGACAUCGACGUGGAGUUCUCGGAUGGCACUCGUACACCUCUGCGAGAGAUCGCCGUGAGCGAUUACCAUUUGAUUGUGGAUAGUAUGGAUCAGGAUGUCGUGGCGUUUGCGCCGAUGGUUGCCUCGCAUCAUCCACGGGUCAUCGCGGUCGGCGAGGGUCGUGGCGACUUGCUGCGCAUCAAUCUUCAACUGGCCGAGUCCUGCCGCGCAACCGGUCGACGAACAAGCAAAGGCUCUCAGAGAACGACGGUCGCCCCGUUGGCGAGCGCGUUGGCCAACGUCGAAGUGGAUUUUGCCUCGAGCGAGAUGCCGAAUCGACCGGAAUUCGUGCAGAACGACGGCGGUGGCACCGUCGGCUCACAUCACCACAGGGAACGUAAAAUCAGCCGGGGCGAAAUGGCACCUGAUCUACAUGACAUUCUCAUCGGGUUACCGCUGAAAGACGAGAAAGACGGGCACGAGCACGAGCCUUUGGUGCAGGCACGGCAGCAUCGCACGGCUAUAGCUAAUGGCAUGUCUUCAGGGGGUAUGGGCGGCGUCGGCGUGCGACACCACGGCGUCGGGGAUCGUAUGAGUCCGCUCGAGAUCGGGAUGUACGUGCUGCUCGCGGCGUUCUGCUUCGCGAUCGUUGUCUUUGUCGUCUCCUGCGUGGUGUACGCCAGCAAGUUCAAGCCGCAGCCGCCGGACUCGCCGAUGACCGGUGCAGCUGUGCCGGUACUCUCCGGCGCGGGUGCGAGAGCUCGCGCUGCCGCGAACCAGCUGGCUUCCGGCCGACGACCGCCGCGUGAAUCGACCACCAACGCACACGACUGGGUAUGGCUGGGACGAGCAACUCUUGAACGAGCUGCUUGCGGCCCGCAACAGGUACGCGUGACAAGUAAUCCGCUAGCCGGCGAAGGCGAAGCCGAUAGCGAAUUGGGCACGUGUUUCGACAAUCCGAAUCAUAUCGAAUUACCGUCCGCCAAUCAACGAUCCAACGGCGGUACCAGCGGAAGUACCAGCGGCGCCAUCGACACCACGACUUACUGCAAGAAGGACAGAAUGGCGAGGAACAGUUCCGCGGUGAAAUGCGCGAUCAAACCGUCCGCGAUGAUAACUCCGACUCCCGCUUCGACAACGGCCACGACGAUGUCGAUGGUAGCUCUGACCACCGCGCGGAAUGACAAUGACGAUAUUCCUCCGCCCUUGCCGCCGCACGGAGUGCCGGCCACGAUGUCGACAUCGAUGACCACAGCAACGACAACGACGAACGGCACGAACAACGUGAGCAACGGCAAUAACGAGGAUUACAAACCGCCGGUGCCGCCGCACAGAAACACGGGAGUGAACAUGCGGUUGCCGGAACCUCCGCGUAAGCAUCGCCACAGGGCGUCCAGCGGCAGCAGCGGCGGUCAUCACGGGAAUAAUCAUCGUCACAGCAGCAAGCAGCCGCUGCAGCAAACGAAUCAUCACAUAGUCAAGCCGCAUGGGAAACCACGGGUGGACAACGCGAACAAACAGAACGGCGAGGACGAGGAGUUUGUGGAGCUGGUGAAUCACGACGACAAUAGGCAUCUCGCGAAAGACGCCGGUAGAUCCCGGGAGAUCAAGAGGGCGACCAUAGUCGGUAAUCCAAUGUACUCGUCGUUCUCGACCCCGCUGUCGUCCGCCAUCGUCUCCACCGUGAAUUCGUCUACACCUACUGGCGGCGCGGCCUCGUCCACCACCACGUCCCCGCCGUCCUCGUCACCGUCCGCUUCCUCCACCUCCUCUUCCGCUUCCUCCUCCGCCUCGUCCUCCUCCCAUGAUCAGGAGGAGUCGGUCGCGCUGGACGACCUUAAUUUGGGCAUGGACUACAACCAGAUCAUGCAGUACUUCGACAACUUGAAAGAAUCGAAUGCCUAGGUGGGGCAGUUCGGCCUUCUCGAAGGUCGUGUAGUAGUCAACGUCGAUACGGAACAGAGGGAUCCUCGCCAGUAGACGCGCGAUCGAGCCGCAUCUUUCCUUCGCUUCCUGUCAUGAGAAUUCUGUCCGAGAAUUCUCUUUGAGAAUUCGCGACAGCUCUCGCGGAAACGAAGAUUCCGGCUACAUCGAGGACAAUGAUAAAACCCGAACGUUUCGUAUUUUAGACUAUAAUCUAGUCAGCUUCCUAUAGCAGCACAUUAAGAAUAACGCGCAAAGAAAAAAAAAAUAACACACAAACACACACAUACACACAUACAUACACUCUCAUAUUAAUGAAAAACUAAGAGAAAGCUAAACUUCUUCACGUAAGAUUCCAUAUAAUCCCCCUGACGAUUUAUUACGACCGCCAGCAGGUUUUUCGGACGCAGUAGGUGAAAGUUCCUGUGAAUUUACGAUAUAAUUUGCCGUGAUAAUAGUCCUAUUUUGUCCCGUGUGUCGAUAAGUAACUAAUGAGAUAUACGUAAAUUGAUAAUAAGAGAUAAGAAGAGAUUGUACAUACAAUUUAUAUAUGACUGUUUUAUCAUACGCGCAAAGAGAUGUGUAUUCUUGUCUGUUUUUAGAAUUUUGUUUUGUUUUGUUUUGAAUAUGCGACGAUUAUCAGGAAUUAAAACGCAAUUUUCUUUUUUUUUUCUUUCAAUAUAUAUCUCUGCUCUUUCUCGUUCGCAAAAUUGUUCCAUUCAUUUUAAUGUAAAGCUUUAACCAUUUCCCAUUCUGGAUUGUGACAAUGUUUUUUAAUAGAUCUGUAGUUAUAUUUUUCAUUACACGUGUACGCAUGCGCGAGGACGUUUGUGUUCUGUCGUAUCGCGAAAACUUUCUGGCGUAAUAAAUAGUCGGAGCACUAUUCGUACACGCAAGAGGCUUUAAAAAAAAAAAAACUAAGAAAAAAAUUAAAAAAAAAACUGACUGUCGGUGGCCAGUGGGGUAAAUCGCUCGCUCGAUGACGAAAACCGUCGACACAACGUUUCCGUUCCUCGCUGCGAGCUUUCCUUUUGUUUCGCGCGGUGAUCGUCGCUGAUCCCCACACUUGCUCCCCCUCCUUUCCACCCCGCGCGUGCCAUCUUGAUCUCUCUCGCUCAAGAUCUUUCCUCCGCUAACACGAACUCCUCUCCCUGGUCGGGCCGCGAGACGAGUAUCGCCGCUCGAAAUGCUCCUUCGUAUUUUGAUCGCGUACGUGUUCAACAUGCAUAUAAGAUGAGAUGCGAAGGAUUUUCUACUUUAUAUACCUUUGUGCGAAUGUUCUACAUCGAAUUUUGUGCCAUAACUUACGCUAUUCGAAGAGAGGAUUCCGAAUUCCGCGAAAUAGUCUCGUACAAGAUUUACGGAAAAUUAUAUCCGGAAUCCUCCGUGAAAACCUCGCGCUUAUCGGGUGAGCGAGUAACUUUCGCAUUUCAAAGAGUCCGGAGAGACUCACAAACGAGAACCUAUACCAGAGGUUUAAUAUUUCACAGAAUUUUGUAUAUCGAUCCUUUUUUUUUUUUGUUUCUCCUCGCUCUUGCUCGUUCGAUCUUCAUUAUACAGCUAAGCUUUCGUAAAAUAACUCUUUAAAAAAACGAGUUCAAAAAAAAAAAAAAGAAAUUCAUCGAGUGGAAACUGCCAAUCGGGCAUUUUCACAAACGAAAACGUUAUACGCACGAUCAAAGUAAGACGAAGCGUUCGACUGCAACUUGACCAGGUCGCAACGGAGGUCACAUGAUAUUUAUUCGAUCGACCGUAACGUCGUAAUGUUUGUAAAUUUUGCUUCGUAUAAGACUGUGGUGUACAUAUUAUAUAUUAUAUAUUAUGUAUGUAAUAAAACGCGAUAUAGCGCGCGCGCGCAUGUUAAAACUAUAUGGACUUACAAAUUUGAAGUUACAUUUGUAAUGGCUAAAAAAGUAGAAGAGAGAGUCGCGAGAAUCGUUCCACGCCGUGUGUCGUUCGACGAGAGGAGAAAGAAUAAAACAUACGCGUACAUCGACGUAUCGAGAAAGUGAACGAAUGAAAAGACACGCGUAUACGUCAUUAUUAUUAUUAUUUUAUUAUUAUUAUUAUUAUUAUUGUAACACUGCGACAUUCUCUAGUGUAAUCGUUUUCGAACUACCCUUUCGCGAUUUACGAGAUUCUGCGUGUGAAUUCUGCAAAAUCGUUUUAUCGACAAAUUUUUAUCACGCUGCAAUUUUCAUCAAUAUGUGAAACCGCGCGCAUCCACACACGCGUGCGUGCGUGUGUACAUCGAUUUGCGAGAUCGGUGUAUCUCGCGCGAAGCAUCUCUCACCCUAUAGGUACUAAUUCUAGACAAAUUAUCCUCUCCCCCUCCCCUUCUCCCUCAUGUGUAUCGAUAUAUAUUCAAAUACGAUAUCCAGACACAUACGAUAUAUCUUAUGAUUGCCCGCAUUUUUUGCUUUCCAACAUAUUUGUAUCUAGGUACCAUUAUUGAUGUAUCUGCUAUGAGAUAUACGUGUACUACGUAUAUUGUAUAUAUAUAUACGCGUGUCAUAUCAAAUGUAUAUGUACUGUAAAUUUGCCGUAAAAAAAAAAAAAAAUAACGUGUUUAGAGUUGGUCGAAAUGUGUGCGUUUUUGUACAGAUAUUGAGAAGAAUGUCUCAUUUCGUUUAAGAAAAAAAAAAGAAACAUAUCUAUUCCGUUAUUAAGACUUUCUCUUUAUUAGGCAAUAAUCCGUUGCGAGAUGUUCAAUAUUUUUAGCAAUAUUCGAAAUGUGUAUCGAAAAUAUAUACGUUUCAACAUUUUUGACAUCAUGUAUCUGACAUGUGUACGAAGAAGGUUGUUUCGGAAAGAGUCAACAAGUCUUAUAUCUCACUAUCACUAGGCACACUUUCGUCGUGUGAUUCGCGUUGUACCUAGAUACAAAGAAAGUAUAUCGAUACGUUAGAGAAAAAAGGUUGCGAAAGAAAGAAAAGAAAAAAAAAAGAGAGAAAAUCCCCUCUGUAAUGUUCUUCCGAGCCUCGACUGGAGUAGCUGCGGAGCUUGCGUAGUCGCGCCUCGUUGUUUUCCAUAAAUAAUAUCAACUGAUUAACCGCGAAGAGCGAUCGAGUGAAACGAGACGACAAAAAGGCAGACCAGGUGUGAAUAAGUGAGCGACCUGCUUCAAGGAUCAACCGGAAAAAAAAUCUAUAACCAACGUGUGUACGCAUCUAACGCGUUUUAAAUAUGUAUGUAUAACUCUGUAAGUUGUGUGUGUGUUAUAAUUAGCACAUCGCGUGUGGGACAAAAUAUAUAGUGAUAUGAUCGUCCAAACCGAUCGGCGAGCACGUGGCGCUUCGUUGCGGAUAACGUUGCGCGACAACAUCGUGGAAGAAUCGGAACAACGCGCGUAAGAUAAAAAGAAGAAGAAAAAAAAAAGCACAGCCCGCCAAGAAUCUAGUCUCUUAUAGCAUAAUUAACUAUAAUAUAUGUAUACAGAUAUUAUUGAUUAAUAUUAUAUAUAUAUAUAUAUAUAUAUGUGUGUGUGUGUAUAAUAUUAAUCAACGUAAAAUAUGUAAUGUACGUUGCCUUUGCUCGAUUGAUAAUAUCUUGAUUUCCCCGCGGUCACCGUCCGCUAAAAAAAAAAAAGAGUCCGUAUCCCGCACUUAAUACUCGUCGUCUUAACUGUCAGACUUUAUAAAACAAACGCUGUAACACAUCAAUCGGAGUGAUUGCGACACCGAAACAAUUGUGACACGAUAAACAUUUUCGCGCGUUUGAAGACUUUGUUUUUUUUGUUUUGUUUAACACUUAUUUAUUUCUCGUUAGUUUGUGUUAUCGGUCAUGUUGAUUUCUUACGUGUGUCACGCUCAGUCUAAUUGAUUAUACUCUUCACACGCGAUAAGAUGGAUUGUUAAAUGUGAGAUAUAAUGAGUACCUAGUCUAGUUCAGUGUCGACUAAUUGCUCCGUUGACUGAUUUGUUCUUCUCUUUUUUUUUGUUUUUUUUUUUUUUGUUUUUUUUUUUUACGGACGGAGAAGCGAGACUCGAACAUGGCUUGAAAAGACUUGUAUUGUACGAAAUAUCAUAUCCGAAUACCGAGCGAGAAUACAGACCCGCGUUUAAUCGUAAUCAUUAAAUCACCGAGCUCGAUGUAAAGGCGCGCCUCGGUGAUUUAUCAUGGAUGCCAUAGCGUUUACUUAAUCUUACUGAGAACGACCGGAGUCAGUGGCUUGUAUGUUUAAAUAAUGCGCAUACACGCAUACACAUGUAUACGUAAUACAUAUACAUAUAUAUAUACAUAUAUACGUAUAUGUAUACAUGUAUAUGGUACUAUGUAAUAUCGCGCGUGGUGCCCUAUACACCCAGUUACACACACACAUAUACACGUACACACGCACACGCGUAAAUACGUAUUAGAUAAAAAUCUCGUGUACAUACGCACUUCUAGUUCCACAUCAUCGAUUCAAACAAAAGACUCGCGCGCUUUUGUAGUGUCGAUAUAUUUGUCGCAAAACAAGCUAGCGAAGUGUACAUCCUUUUCAAUGUGAUCCAGCAAGAUUCCCGAGAGAAGGUUUCCUCUAUCAUAUAUAAAUUCUCUUGUAAACUCGUGGUGUCUUCUUAUCGUUAACUUCGUUCUUUUUUUCAUUGUCUUUUCUUUCGUUUCUUUUUAUCUCUUUGUUUGCUCAUCUUUUGUAUUAUCUCAUAGUACACUUGUAUUUCUCCACUUGUUUUCUUUUCUCUCGAAAAUAAUAACACGGUUUCGAAAAUGAUAGAUCCAAUACUUGUGAAUUCGCUCGGGAAUCGCUCUGGUAAUAUUUUCACAGAGUCCCUGUCUACAACAUCGUAUCGCAUAUACGAUAUCCUAUCGCGAAAAAUUCCUAUCCCACAUAAUCAGUGUUAAUAAGCAAUGAAUGGAACGCGCACGUUACGACUGUCCUUCCAAAAAAAAAAACCUAUCUCUCCUUUUUUUCUUGAGUUCUUGUGCCGACUAGAAAUACGAUAGAUUCAUCUCGUCGCAUCGCUGACUCUGCAUCCGCACACAUUCCUCAGACACGACAUGUCGCCCUAUUUAUAUAUAUAUAUAUAUAUAUAAAUAUAUAUUAUAAGUGUGAUAAGCGCGGAACUGAAGAGAAAAGAAAACGAAGAAAGCGAUAAUUAGUAAUUUACUGACUGUGCGCUCGCGCGACGACGAACGCCGACGACGGUGGCAGUGGUGAUCGGCGUCCACGACGACGACAACGACGACGACAACGGUGUUCACGCGACGCAGAUGUCCUUCAUUAGACGAUUCCAAGAUGAUUGUACUGGUAUACAGAAGUUCGUCAACGGUUUCAUUAGUUGUCCCGGUGAGACGAAGAGCACAAGGGAAGGAAAUGUUUAUAUGUACACCGAGCGACACAAUUCUCACACGCGGAAAUUUCGAUGGAAGAAAGUAUAAUAGAGUUAUUACAUGUGUCUCCAAAAUGAAAAAAAAAAAAAUAAAAUAAAAUAAAUAUCUGAAAAGAGGAGCCGAUACAGCGUUUGGCUCCUGUUUUUACGUAUUUGUUUAAACGAAAGAACUUUCGAAUGGCCUUAAAUCUAUAUUUUGAAAAUAAGCAAAAGUGUUUUCUAUAUUUUCAUAUGUCACAUAUUUUCAAUCUCUAUAUAUUAUAUAUGUAUAUAUUUUUAAUCUAUUUUUUAAAUAUAAAUUUAAGGUUUGAACAAUGUUUUAAUUCUGCCGUUGAAAAGACGAUGCGGAAUCACCUUGAAGUAAAUGUUUAUUUGAGAAGACUGAAAAGUAAAUAAUACGCAUAUAUACACACAUAACUGCAGUGGCUCACUUCGCGUUCCGACGAAGAUUGAUCGAUUGACCAGAUUUCGUCCCGGCUCUUUGUCGCGCCAUUUCUUACAAAAUAAGUGUCCCGACAAGUUGUUCGGGGACAUCUACGGCUAGAGUUCUUGUCGUAUUUAUAAGUGUUGUGUCAGCUUGAAAUAUCAGAAUCGUGUUCCAUGAUACUCAUGAGAUGAGAGAAAAUAUUUAUUAUUAUUGUCAUAUAUAUCUAAUACUAUACUACUGAUAUUAUUGUUACUUAUACUACUCUCUAUCAUUGUAUUAUUGUCAUCGUUGCUGUUGCUGUUAUUGUUAGUACUGAGAUUAUUGCUGCUGUUGUGCUACUACUGUUGCCAUCGCCGCCGUGUCGAUCGCGCCAUAUCUCUUUGAAGACACGAGGGAUGUCUUUGACGUCAUCAUCAUCCAUCAUCGUCGUUGUCGUCGUCGUCGUCGUCGUCGUCGUCGUCGUCGUCGUUGCCGUUGUCAUCGUCAUUACCGUGGCCGUCGUCAUUGUCGAUCAUCAAUGCGCGCCGCCGAUAAUACGCUAAUUAUAAACAAUAAGAUACGACUAUCGCCUACUCAAUGUACAAUAUGUAGUAUUUACCUGUUGUUACCAUCAAACCGUCAUCAAAGAUAUAUAAAAAAAAAAAAAAAAAAAAAUAUUGUAAUUGUAACAUAUCGAGCUUCUCGUAUCACUAAGUCCCUUUUCCUUAAAUUGGCCACUAUAUUUCUUGUUCAUAUCGAUUGAUGAGAAAACACGUUUGAAAAGCGAAUCUACUUUUCUCUCGAGAUCGAUUUCUUUCCACGAUAGAGAGCUUAUAUAAAAUU